AUGGCUCAUGAGCCCAAAUGGCAUGAAUUAUUGUUUAGAGCAAGUAAAGACAUCCCUGAGGAUCCAUGGAUCUUUGAUCAGUUGAUGGAGAUCGCGGGUAAUGGUGUAUCCCGCUGUUUGGAUGAUUUUCUUGGGGGUGUCAAGACGCGAAAGAUUGUAUUUCUAUGUGGCAGCGGUAAUAAUGGAGGAGAUGGGCUUGUUGCAGCUCGAUAUAUGAAGAUUAUGGGUUAUUCAGAGGUCUCAGUGUACUAUCCCAAGCAGGGGGAUAAUCCCUUUUAUGACGCCCUGAUUACGCAGCUCGUAUGUUCGGGUAUUCAUGUGGAGAGACGAGCUGAGGGCUGUGUAGUCGACCGGGAGGUGGUGUAUGUGGAUUGUAUUGUGGGAUUCGGUUUUUCAGGAACAUCAUUAAGAUCUCCUUGGGACAAAAUAAUGAACGAAAUCCGUGAAGCCGGUGGUAUUUGCGUUGCUGUGGAUGUGCCGUCAGGCUCAGAGGUCGACGCGCCCUUUCCUAAAGGAUUAAAAGGAUGGGACGCACUGAUAUCCCUCAUGCUACCGAAAGACUGUUCCAAGGACUUUCCAGGUGCCCACUACUUGACUGGAUGCUUCGUACCCGAGUAUGACUCACUCUGCCUCACAAAACGUUCGCGUCGAAACAGGACCCCUGUUUAUCCGCCCUCUGUUCUGUAG